AUGGCUUCCGCCUGUGACUCUGGUCAUGUUACGGAUGGCACAUUGAAUGCAGUUGACCUGGAGAAACCCGAUCGACCAAGCUCUGUCGACACUGCAUCUUUCUACAAGCAAGACGGCGCGGACGAGAGACGAUUUUCCAUUUCCGGCGCCGGCAACUUAUCCCUCGACGAUGUCGCCUCCGUUGACGUCCAGAUUCGCGACCUCUCAGUGUCGGUGAAUACAGCACCAUCAUGGCUUGAGCCAACAACAUACCAAGACUUAUUCGCCGCCAAGUUCAAAACAACACCAUGCAUCAAGGAUCUUUUGAAAUCCGUUGCCGCCGAUCUCCAGCCUGGAACUCUGACAGCAAUCAUCGGCGGCAGCGGUUCUGGAAAAACAACACUUCUCAACACUAUGGCCGAGCGCAUCACCAGUUCACGACUAAAGCAGAGCGGCCUCGUAACGUUCAACCGCCAAACAGGUGUCCACAACAUCCGCCACGCCUACGUGAUGCAGCAGGACAUAUUACUGCCAACAUUGACGGUACGCGAGACACUUCAUUACUCUGCGGCGCUGCGCCUCCCCUCCUCGACAUCUGCCGAGGACCGACACCGAGUUGUGGAAGAGGUCAUUCGUGAAUUGGGCCUCAAGGAAUGCGCCAAUACAAGGAUCGGCAACAGUCAACACCGGGGGUGUUCCGGCGGUGAGAAGCGACGAGUUAGCAUCGGCGUGCAAUUGCUUGCGAAUCCAUCUGUUUUGUUCUUAGAUGAGCCGACGACAGGACUGGACGCUACAAGCGCGUUUCAACUUGUGCGAACGCUCAAGGCGCUUGCUCAGAAGGGACGAACAGUGAUUACCACUAUCCAUCAACCUCGUUCGGAGAUUUGGAACCUAUUCGAUAACUUGGUUGUGCUGUCCAAGGGUGGUCCUGUAUACGCGGGAUCCAUACCUGACUGUCUUCCUUGGUUCAAGACUCACGGGUUCUCGCUACCUCCGUUCGUCAAUCCAGCCGAAUAUAUCAUCGACAUCACGGCCGUAGACAAUCGCACUCCUGAGCUGGAAGCCGAGACGAGCGCCAGAGUGGACAGCCUAAAGAGCGCGUGGGAAGAAGAAAGCGCGAGACGAUACCCUCCUCUGUUGGAAAUUGUCGACAACAGACAUCGGAAGCAAGAUAAUGUUGCCAAGACUCAUGCGAGUUUCACUCGGCAGCUGCGCGUCCUUACCGACCGGACCCUGAAAGUGACAUACCGAGAUCCAUUGGGUAUGGCGGCAGCAAUAAUCGAGGCUGUACUCAUGGGUAUAGUCACCGGGUACAUCUUCUUCGACCUCGGUCGUGAUCAGGCAGGCAUUCGUUCGAGAGAGGGAGGUCUUUAUACCGCCGCCGGUCUGCAGGGAUACUUGAUUCUUCUGUUUGAGGUGUACCGCAUGACGAUUGACAUUCCGACAUUCGAUAGAGAAUCGUCAGAUAACUGUGUUGACGCCCUUCCGUACGUUCUGUCACGACGACUAGCCAGGUUUCCAACGGAAGAUCUCCCGGUACCGUUUCUCUUUUCGGUUUUGGUGUAUUUCAUGGCUGGCUUUGAGCGAUCAGUCAGCAAGUUUUUCAUCUUCUUUACCAUCACGCUUGCCAACCACUAUGUGUCUGUUUGCUGUGCAAUGACUUGCGUUGUUGCGGUGCGACACUUUGCUGGGGCAAGUUUGAUUGCCAACUUGGCUUACACGAUUCAGAGUAUCGCUUGUGGCAUGUUUGUCCAAGUGAAUACUAUACCCGUGUACGUCCGAUGGCUCAAGUGGACAGCCUACAAUUUCUAUGCGUUCAGUGCAUAUGCUGGUAAUGAAUUCGAGGGCAACUUUUACAAUUGUCCCCUCCCGGGAGGUCGAUCGAAUCCAGGCUGCAAUCAAUACAGCGGCGACUAUGUGAUGCGAUCGCUCGGCUUUCCCAGCAACUGGGUAGCUCGACCCAUCAUCAUCCUUGCGUCCUUUGUGGUUCUCUUCGUCAGUUUGUCAGUCUUUGGGCUGCACUUCAUCAAAGUUGAAAUGACUAUUGCGCGCGCCCGUUCUUCCGAUACAGAUUUAUCCGCCGGCAAGGAGAAAAUGACUGCGCAGUCAAUUUCAGAAGUUCGAGCCAUCGAUCUUGGUCUGGACGGUUUUGCCCUGGGACUCGACAAAAGAAACAUGUACGGGAAGAAACUACCCCGGAAGACGAUUCUAAACCCCGUCUCAACAACAUUCCAAGCCGGUGUUUUGAACGUCAUCAUGGGUCCCUCAGGCAGUGGUAAGACGUCGCUUCUCAACGCCAUGGCUCUAAGGCUGCGCAACUCGGUCGGCACCAAGUAUCGACCAUCCGGGAAACUAACCUUUAACGGCGCCGUACCCUCCGACUCGGUCAUCCGGUCAGUCUGCUCAUAUGUAUGUCAAGACGAUGAUGCCCUGCUCCCAUCGUUGACUGUGCGAGAAACGCUACGCUUUGCGGCUGGUCUUCGACUCCCGUCUUUCAUGAGCACAGAGGAGAAAUACCGCCGUGCGGAAGACGUACUUAUGAAAAUGGGAUUGAAGGACUGUGCCAACAACUUGAUUGGCAGUGACAUGAUCAAGGGUAUAUCUGGCGGUGAGAAGCGUCGUGUCUCCAUUGCUGUGCAAGUCCUUACAGAUCCUCGAAUCUUGCUGCUCGAUGAGCCGACUUCGGGCUUGGAUGCCUUCACUGCGAGUUCCAUCAUGGAAGUUCUAGAAGGGUUGGCAAACGAGGGCCGAACACUCAUUUUGACUAUCCACCAGGCCCGAUCGGAUCUUUUCAAACACUUUGGCAACGUGCUACUCCUUGCGCGAGGAGGAUUGCCUGUAUAUGCCGGCGCCGCAAAGCAUAUGCUAGGCUAUUUCGUUAGACACGGAUACGACUGUCCUCAGCACACUAACCCGGCUGACUUUGCGCUUGACAUGAUCACCAUUGAUCUACAGCAGGAUGAUCGUGAAGCAGAGAGCCGCGCCAGAGUACAGAAGUUGAUUGAGCAUUGGGGCAACGGCGGGCCUGAUGAACUUGACAAUACCGCAGACCGUCGACUAUCAGAAAUCCAAGAAGCCGACGAAGUGGGUGAGAAAUCAUCCGACCCAUGCGCUGCAGACACAAAUAUAGAACAGGAAAAGUACCAAGAGAAAGGCAUCCUCGUCGCCGAGCAGAGCAAAGCUUCAACACCACCUCGACGAUCGUUCAACAAGGCCAAAGUAUCUACGCCAGCAGAACUCGGAGCUCUAGUUCGCAAACGAGCAUCCCUAUUCACAGCCCUACCCUUACUUCUCCAGCGAGCCAUCAUCAACACCCGCCGCCAGCCACAGCUCAUCAUGGCCCGCACAAUGCAAGUCGUCGGCCUCGCCGCCGUCUUCACACUCUUCUUCGCCCCCGUCGGCAACGACUACUACGCCAUCCAAAACCGCAUGGGCUUCGUCCAGCAAAUCGGCGCAUUCUACUUCGUCGGCAUGCUGCAAAACGUCGCCGUGUACCCCAACGAGCGAGACGUGUUCUACCGCGAGGACGACGACGGCGUGUACAGCGUGGAGGCGUUCCUCGCUUCCUACACCCUCAUCGAAGUCCCGUUCGAGAUCCUCAGUUGUUUGGUAUUUGGCGUCCUGGGCGCCUUUGCGGUCGGCCUGCCGAGAACAGUCGCCAUGUACUUCGUCUGUGUGUUUGCGUGCUUUGGUGUCGUCUCGUGCGGAGAGAGCCUGGGCAUCAUGUUCAACACGCUCUUUGGGCAUACUGGCUUCGCGGUCAACAUUAUGGGUAUUUUUCUCUCCGUGGCAAAUUCUAUGGCGGGCGUGCUUUCUAUCAAUAUGCCGGAUUUGUUCAAGGCGGUCAAUUACCUGUCUCCGAUUCGGUACGCGACGCGGUCUUUGGCGCCGUACUCGUUGCGGGAUAUCAGGUUUACGUGUACGGAUGAGCAGCGGUUACCUGAUGGGAGUUGUCCCAUUGAGACGGGUGAACAGGUGCUGGAUUUGUAUAAUUUCAAUGUUGAUCCUGUUGUGAAUGUUGCGUGUAUGGCGGCGUGCAUUGUGGCAUACAGACUCAUUGCGUGGGUGUUGCUCAAGGUUAUGAGGGCACGGUGGUCAGACAAAAAGAGACGUGAUAAGAAGUAG